AUGGAGCAACCUGAAGUUGAAUUAUCUGUCGUGGAUGUAUACGAUAUAGCAUCGGAAAUUGGAAAAGAAUUUGAAAAAAUUAUUGAUGGUCACGGACCUGAUAUUGUUAUGAGUUUAAUGCCAAAAGUUAUUUAUGCUCUAGAACAUUUAGAAAAUUUCUCUUUACAAAAUGAAAAAGAAAAUACUAUUGUACAGGAUUUAAAAAGCAAAAUAACUAAAUUAGAGUUAGAAAAAAUUGAAAAAGCAGAGGAUCAAAAAAGGUUUGAAAGGGAAUUAGAACAAAUUGAAGAUCAUUGGAAAUCGGAAACAAAGGAUUUAGUUGAAGUACUUGGAAAAGUUCAAGAGGAAAAUAAAAGGUUAAGAGGAACAGUAGCAGAUCAAAAAAAUCUUAGUGCUAGUAAUUCGACAAUUGCAACAGAAGUAGAUAUUGUAGUUUUGCAAAGGUUAAAAGCAAUGGUUGACAGCCAGAGAGAACAAAUUAGAAAUAAGGAAAAAGAAUUGGCGAAUAAAGUUUCCGAAUUAGAAUCCCUUACAACGGAAGUUGAUAGACUAACAAAAACGGGAAGGGAAUUAAGAAGAAAACAUAAAAUUGUACAAAAUCAAGUGAGGACAUUAAUAGAAGAAAGAGCUGAUUUUAUCACACAAUUACAAGAUCAACAAAAAGAAAUAGUAACACUUAAACAAAACUUAGGAGUAGCUGAAAAAGAAAAUGAGGAUUUAACUAAAAAUUCAAUCGUAGAUUUGACCAACAAAGCUGUUUUCGAUUUAGACGAUCCGGACAGACCGAGAUUUACAACAUCCGAGCUUAAAGAAAUUUUACAAGAAAGAAAUGAAUUAAGAGCUAAAAUUAGUGAUUUAGAAGAUGAAUUAGAGUUAUAUAGACCUAAAGGCACAACAGAGAAUGAUACUGAUGCACCUGUUCAAGGUCCGCUACCCUAUGAACCUGAUGACGCACCCUGGAAAAAAACAUCUGGUACUAAUAUUCGAAAAUUGUAA